ACACACAGGAAGUGAGUUUUUUCAGGUCCCUUAGGCCACUUGGUUCUAGCAUCUACCCGGCCAGUCUCCGUCAAGAUCAGAUUCCUCAAAGAAGCCCCCUUUUUGCUUUGAUGACAGCUUUGCACACUCUUGGCAUUCUCUCAAUCAGCUUCAUGAGGGGGAACAGCUGACUGAUAUGAAGAUAAAUGAUAUAGACAGAGAAGAAGAGACGUAUGUGACUGAUAUGAAGGCAGAAGAUAUAGACAGAGAAGAAGAGACGUAUGUGACUGAUAUGAAGGCAGAAGAUAUAGACAGAGAAGAAGAGACGUAUGUGACUGAUAUGAAGGCAGAAGAUAUAGAGGGAGAAGAAGAGACGUAUGUGACUGAUAUGAAGGCAGAAGAUAUAGAGGGAGAAGAAGAGACAUAUGUGACUGAUAUGAAGGCAGAAGAUACAGAAGGAGAAAAAGAGAUGUAUGUGACUGAUAUGAAGGCAGAAGAUGCAGAGGGAGAAGAAGAGACGUAUGUGACUGAUAUGAAGGCAGAAGAUAUAGACAGAGAAGAAGAGACGUAUGUGACUGAUAUGAAGGCAGAAGAUAUAGACAGAGAAGAAGAGACGUAUGUGACUGUUAUGAAGGCAGAAGAUAUAGAGGGAGAAGAAGAGACGUAUGUGACUGAUAUGAAGGCAGAAGAUAUAGAGGGAGAAGAAGAGACGUAUGUGACUGAUAUGAAGGCAGAAGAUAUAGAGGGAGAAGAAGAGACAUAUGUGACUGAUAUGAAGGCAGAAGAUACAGAAGGAGAAAAAGAGAUGUAUGUGACUGAUAUGAAGGCAGAAGAUGCAGAGGGAGAAGAAGAGACGUAUGUGACUGAUAUGAAGGCAGAAGAUAUAGAGGGAGAAGAAGAGACGUAUAUGAUGGGUGAUCAGCAGUGUAAGGAGGAGGAAAUCCCUACAGAUAUCAGCAUAGUAGAUGGCGGCACAAACCGGAAUGCCUUGGAGGGAGAUCUCAUCUUGUCUGCAGAUACUAAAACAGAAGAUAACAUCACACAGGAUUCUCCAGGAGACAGCGCUGUUAUGCUAAAUAUACAUCCAGUACCGCACAGCACAGAUAUAUCAUCUGAUCCCCCUAACUGCGAGGACUGUUCUCCUGAUACCUCAGAUUCUGUUACACAUAGUGCAGCUCAUACACCUGAUAAUAUAUUUCCCUGUUCUGAGUGUGGGAAAUGUUUUACACGGAAAUCACAUCUUGUUACACAUCAGAGAAUUCACACAGGUGAGAAGCCAUUUCCAUGCUCUAAGUGUGGGAAAUGUUUUACACAGAAAUCACAUCUUGUUAUACAUCAGAGAAAUCACACAGGUGAGAGGCCAUUUCCAUGUUCUGAGUGUGGGAAAUGUUUUACCUGUAAAUCACAACUUGUUAUACAUCAGAGAAGUCACACAAGUGAGAGGCCAUUUCCAUGUUCUGGGUGUGGGAAAUGUUUUAUACGGAAAUCACAUCUUGUUACACAUCAGAGAAGUCACACAGGUGAGAAGCCAUUUUCAUGUUCUAAGUGUGGGAAAUGUUUUACACAAAAAUCAAGUCUUGUUAAACAUCAGAGAAGUCACACAGGUGAGAGGCCAUUUCCAUGCUCUGAUUGUGGGAAAUGUUUCAUACAAAAAUCAAGUCUUAUUAAACAUCAGAGAAGUCACACAGGUGAGAAGCCAUUUUCAUGCUCUGAGUGUGGGAAAUGUUUCACACAAAAAUCAAGUCUUGUUAAACAUCAGAGAAGUCACACAGGUGAGAAGCCAUUUUCUUGCUCUGACUGUGGGAAAUAUUUUGCACAGAAAUCAGAUCUUAUUAAACAUCUGAAAAGUCACACAGGUGAGAGGCCAUUUCCAUGCUCUGAGUGUGGGAAAUGUUUUAAACACAAAUCACAUCUUGUUACACAUCAGAGAAGUCACACAGGUGAGAGGCCAUUUCCAUGUUCUGAGUGUGGGAAAUGUUUUAAACACAAACCACAUCUUGUUAAGCAUCAGAGAAGUCACACAGGUGUGAGGCCAUUUCCAUGUUCUGGGUGUGGGAAAUGUUUUACAGAGAAAUCAAGUCUUGUUACACAUCACAGAAGUCACACAGGUGAGAGGCCAUUUCCAUGUUCUGAGUGUGGGAAAUGUUUUAAACGCAAAUCACAUCUUGUUAUACAUCAGAGAAGUCACACAGGUGAGAAGCUGUUUUCAUGUUCUGAGUGUGGGAAUUAUUUUACACAGAAAUCAGAUCUUGUUAGACAUCAGAGAAGUCACACAGGUGAGAAGCCAUUUCGAUGCUCUGAGUGUGGGAAAUAUUUUACACAGAAAUCAGAUCUUAUUAAACAUCAGAAAAGUCACACAGGUGAGAGGCCAUUUCCAUGUUCUGAGUGUGGGAAAUAUUUUACACAGAAAUCAGAUCUUGUUAGACAUCAGAGAAGUCACACAGGUAAGAAGCCAUUUCGAUGCUCUGAGUGUGGGAAAUGUUUUACAGGUAAAUCACAUCUUGUUACGCAUCAGAUUUCACACAGGAGAAGCAUUACUAUGAGUUGAUACAAAACAGGUUUGAAGCAACACUCCUGUCACACAGUAUUUUAACACUUUAUGUUAUCCUUCCACAUAUUGGAAUGUGUGUCAUUAAUAUAAGAUGACUAGAUCACUCCGGUGGAACUUUUAGUAAUUUCCUCUGUAUAUUUUCUAAGACUCUGUGUUGGCCAGUCAACUUCUUCUACAACAAAGUCAUCAAACCAUGAGGGUCAUUCAGAGUUGAUCGCACGGUGCAACUUUUUGCUGCCUGUGCGAUCAACUAGACACCGCUUAUGUGGGAGGGUUUUUUUGCAUAGCAAGGCUGCGAACGCUUGUGCAACCGUGCUAUGCAAAAACAUUUUUUGCAGUUUCUAAGUAGCUUCAGACUUACCCGCUGCGAUGUCUUCAGCCUGUCAGGUCCCGGAAUUGAUGUCAGACACCUGCCCUGCAAAUGCCUGUACACGCCUUCGUUCUCCACUCCCAGAAAAUGUUCAGUUGUCGCCCCGGAACGUUUUCCUUCUGCAAUCUUCUAGCGAUCGCUGCUGCAAUCCCUUUCUUUGCUGUUUCGGUCGUUGCCCAGCGACUGCUGUCGCUGGACAACGACGCGCAUGCACAGAGCCAACCCGUUCGCACAGCUGUGAAAAAGUGCAGCGUGCGAACGGGUUGGAAUUAUGUAAAAAAAAGGGGGGGAUAGGAGCGCUAAUAUCAGCUAAAAUGUGUGUUAAAAAUAAUGAACAAUUUAUUUGACUACUGCACUGCAGAAUGUUUACACUCUUUUUAGAGUAUAUGUAUUGGAAACCGGGUUGCCGGUAUGGAGAUGUGUAAGUGUCCGAGUUCCAUAUCCUUGUGGGCAGUAGGUGGGUUCCCUAGCUGUCUGUCCCUAUCCUACCUUCCUCUCCCGUGGCGCUGGUCACUCGUCCUCACAGUCUCUCCUUUCCUGGCAUGCUGCACGAUACCGGAAGUGCUCGUUCCGUGACUUCUAGUGUGACGUGUAUCCGGUUCCCAGCAUCCAACGCGUUUCGUAACGUUGCACUUUGUCAAGGAAGAAGGCUGAUGUUGUUGGAUUGAGUCUUUAUAGACUGAAAUCUUCAAUAACUUUAUUAGUAAAAAUUGUUAAAAAUGCAAGUCCUUAAAGAAGUGACUUCACAAAAAGAGCGGGUAGCACAUGUUUAUGACUUUGCAGUGUAUCUAUAUGAAUUGAAAUCAUUUAAAAAUUAAUUUCAUUAAAAACAAUUCUUUAUAAAGAAUGUUACCUGAGUUCUUGCUUUUUCUUUGUUUGACAUUCCGAAUCUAAAAAUGUUUGUUUAUAAAAAAAACUUUCGUUCUAUGUCUGUAUUGAGCCCCUGUGGCAUCAUUGCUUGAAGCUCAUAUAUCCAUUUUGUCUCUGUUUUUUUAAGUUCCGUUACUAUUACCCCUUUUCCACCUACGUACCGUGUCCGAUCCGGGAUGUUUAACACGGCUACAACCCGUGUCGGCUCCCCCGUUUCCACUACACUUCGACACGGGUUAUUCCCGUGUCUGAUCUGUUUCCACUUA